AUAGGUGUGCAAAUACAUCGAGUGAUCCCUUCCACAACGGCCCUGUUUCUUUAAGAGACCACGGUUGUUAAGCUGGCGGGUCAUUGAACCAUAGGAGCGUCAAUAAAAGAAUAAAAAGUCACCGGUUAGUGAUUCGCGAACAAGGAACUUGAUCCCAGUUCAGUAUCUGUGUGUCCAUAUGCUGCCCCGGGUCAGAGAGGGAGAACAGCGGUGUCCUCAGCCCCAUGCGCUCCCUCAGCAUGAUUUCUGGAAGGCUCAUCAAGCUCCUGGUUUUUGAGCUCCUGGAGUUUGCAGCUUUCUCCGUCCCCACGCUUGUGAUCGUGGAGCAGUUUGCCGCCGCCUAUCAGAACACCAGGAUUGCGUCUGACAAAACGCAUUAUUGGCUGAUCGUGUCCUGUUCUAUUGCCUAUGUGGCUUUAGCGACCCUGGUGAUCUGGGUUCCUGUGAAAGUUCUCUUACACAGGAAACUUCAUCUUUACAAAAAAAUUACAGGAUGGAGACCUGUUCUGAUGAUGUGCGUAAUACUCACCACUUUGCCCAGUUUUGCGUUUUCCAUAGCGGUGACCGAGAUUCAGAAGAACAUCAAUGGGUCCUCUAUCUUACCUGAUACGUUACCUGACCUGUCUGUAUCUUUGGUCCUGUUAUCCUUGAUCAUAGUUGAUAUCAUUGAAAAACUCAGGAUAUAUCCUCUUAGAGGGAGUCAAGAGAGUACCGAUGAUGGGUCCAUCCGUACAACCUCUUUGCCUCAAAUAAAAACGGUGACAGAGCAAGUGAGGCCAAAUGAAGAAAACUCGGCAUCUCCCCAGGCUGCAGGGGCAACCCAGGUGUGGCGACCACCAGGAGCCAUGACACAGAGCCAGGCGUCUGCGCUGAGGGCACCCCUGGAGCCCUCCUUCCACUCUGGAAUCCUGAAAAUAAUGUCUCGGCGGGAUGUGCGGGCCGAGAUAUUCCUGUGGAGCUUUCUGCUGUGGUCGGACACAAUGGAGAUGGUGCGUGUGGCCGGUCACCCCAGCGUGUACAAGUCACCCUGGGUAUAUCCAGUCUACAUAUUCAGUUUCAUUUCUGUCCUGCGGAUGAUAUUCACUCCCAAAAAUCCUCUUCUCAAUUCCGUGAGCGUCUUGCUGCAGGAUUUACCCUUUGUCUUCGUCAGACUUGGUUUAAUCAUCGUCCUGGGGACGAUCACACCUGUUUGGGGCCUUUGUAAAAACAUACUGGUGACACUCUCUUAUGUUUACUUCAAUCACCUAACCAGACUCAGGGUUUUCUCUGCCUUUGAAUUGUCUCCGUUUUAAAGAGAAAAUGGGACAUUAGGAUGACCUUUUUGUUAUGCAUGUGUGCACAUUUGUAAUACUUUUUUUUUCCUAGGAUGUGAGUUUUUACACUAUAUAAAGAAUUGAAGACUAGAUUGUAGAGAAUAAGCUAGUCAUAAUAACUCUGGCAUACCAUUUUUUUUGUUUACGUAUACAAAUGGUGCUAAAUUUAAACAAUGUUAUAUUCUUGUAUGUUGGCUCUCAGGGAUGUCUAGAACUUGUUAGUAGUUAAUUUUAGUUAUAUACACUGUACUUUUUCUAAAAACACUUUUCA